AUGCUAGUACCACCGGCUAACUUCGGAAUUGCCGAAGAAGGAAUAUACCGAUGUUCAAAGAUAGAAACGCUGAAUUUGUCGUUUCUCGAGACGCUCAAUCUCAAAACGGUUGUUUUUGUAGGGGGACAGCAGCCUUCAAAGUUUUUUCAGGAGUUCUUUGAGCGGUCUUGCAUACAGUGGUAUGUCGUGAAAACUGCCGAUGUUUCCUCAAGCUUAGCUCCAGUUAACGUCAGCACCUCUAAACCCGCUGUCGAUGAAAAGUUAACACCGCUUGGAUCUAGCGAUAAUGAAACGCAAUAUAAACUCAGCGAUAAUGACGAUCUUAUGAUACUCAAAAGCUACAGCUUGAAGAGAACAUUCGAAUUACUUUUGAACACUAUCAACCACAACACAAUUCUGGUGGAUAAAACAUCAAUAGUAGUGGGAGUGCUACGUAAAAUGCAGAAAUGGAACAUUGCGUCUAUCAUCAACGAAUAUAGACUCUUUUCCGGCAAAAACUGCAAUUACUUCGCUGAAACACUUUUAGAGAUGAUAAGUGUUCAGAUUAUCCAAGAGGAAGGUAUUACCGGAUCCAAAGACAAUGACCAAGGACUUAUCAAUAACAUUGACGAUUUUGAUGAGGCCCACAGUUGCCAUGAGUGGGAGGUCAUAAAGGAGUCCGACUUAUCACUGCCUCCUUCCAUUCCGGCCCACCUACUUCAAAUACUUCAAGAUGUUCAAGAGGAUAGCCAAGAAACAGUAGGGGAGACUGCCGCGAGCACCCCUCUUAUGAGAACACAAUCCGACAUGGGCAUAUUCGGAAAUCGCUAUCGGCUUGCGUUCAAUAAGAAAGAGCGCGCAGAUUACGAGUUUUACAAAGGUGCCGAACAGAACGUACUCACCAUCAACAUACCAAAAGAAUCGCAACUUCCAAAGUGGUUCAUUCGCCAACGUGACACCUGGGAGAAUGACAAUGCUCAAGAGCAGCACAACUUUUACAGAGAAAGCAUAUUCGUAUGA